AUGGCGCCGAAGAAAGCACGGUUUAAGCCGCCCAUUCGGCCGAAUGCGGAUGGAACUGGCUUUGUACGCGUGCCGGCCUCUGGCACGGAGGAUAAGCCGCCUAAAGGGCGAGGACGCGAAGGUCGUCCGGGUUCAAGCCCACCUCGCCCAUCGGUGGAUUUCUCCCCUUCACCGCGCCUGGGGCAGAGCGAUGUGUCAGACGUUGAGUUGUCCCUGCAGAUACGUUCCAAUAGUUCUUUGCCUUCUAACGAGGCACGACUCUCCCCAGCCUCUUUACGGGCUUUAGGAAUCGUCAGUGGGGCCGUGCUGCACCUCCUCGCGGGGCAUUUUGAGGCCUACGCCGAGGCGUUUCUUUCGGCUUCGUGUCACUCACAAAGCAUUGAACUUGCUGACGAGGUCGCUGCCGCCUUUAUAGAUAAGCAGGUGAGGGUGUCUGUGAUGGCAAACCCUCUACCGUUGGUGCCGCUUGCUGUUGUGAUUCUGGAGAUAAACUGUGAGCUACGUGAGGGAAUAUGUGCGAUGCAGGUGGAGGAAACGGUGAAAAUGCCAAUUCUGCAGGUCAUUGCCGCCUUUCGGCGCCAAUACCGGUGCCGAUUGGUUUACAAAGGAAUGCGCGCAGUUGUGCGUGUGGCGACGCAGCCUUUUUUCGUUGAGGUGGUUAAAUGUUCACAGCGUGUUGCAGCUGAGAAAGAUAAAGAGAGACUGAACGAAGCCGAGGUCAGUUUAGGUGGUUUGGCGGACUGCACGGUAAUACGCGACGGUGGCCGUGUAACUUCCGUCGAAAAUGAAUCUUCUGAAAACGCUCAGAGCUCCUUAAAGGAUGCACAGGCGUUGCAGCAUGUGCUGGUGGUGGGGGAAGCGGGCACGGGCAAGAGUCGCUUUCUUCAGCAAGAGGGCAGGGACGCCACAGCGGUGCAGUGCCGCCACGUGGAGGUUAUAUUGGUUCAGGAGCUUCCGCAAGGAGAGAUGAGUGAGGUGCCGACGUCGACUGUCUUGCGUGAAGCUUUUGCACGUGCAAAGGUCGCGGCACCCUCAACUGUGUUAAUUGAUGACCUUCACCUUGUCUGCGGGGCCAACAGCAGCUCCACAGCGGGAUCUUUGUGGGCAGCAACGCUUGUGGCGGUGGCCCUGAAGGAGGAGCUUGAUGACAUUCGGGGGCGCCAGCUUGACGUCCAUGUUAUCGCCUCCGCCGCAUCAACAGAGUCGGUGGAUCGCUCUUUAUUAACACCCGAGCGCCUUGGAAGGCGUGUGACGCUGCUCACGCCUGGAUCCUGGGAGGAGCGUUGUGCGUGCCUAAAAACAUGCUUGCAGGAGCGUGGUGGACUGGAUAGCAUCUCAGAGGCGACCCUGUUAACGGUCUCACAGGAAGCGCACGGCUUCACACAGUGCGACCUUGCACGUCUGGCGGAGGUGGCCAUGAUGGAGAGUUUUAAAAUGACAGGAAACAUCACCCCCUCGGAUGGCGCUCUCUUGGCGGCGGCAAAGUUGGUGCGACCCUCCGCUCUAAAGCAGUUUGAGGUGUGCGUGCCGAAUGUCACCUGGAACGACAUUGGUGGGAGCGAGGAGGCGAAGAAGACUUUGCAGGAUUGUGUUGCAUGGUGCCUUGGAAAGCAGCAGUGGGUAUUUCGCAAGUUUAAACUGUCACCGCCAAGAGGUGUUCUUCUGUACGGCCCGCCGGGGUGUAGCAAGACGAUGCUGGCUAAAGCUCUUGCCAACGAAUCCAAAAUGAAUUUCAUCUCCGUCAAGGGGCCUGAGGUGUUUUCCAAGUGGGUGGGAGACAGUGAAAAGGCGGUGCGAGAUAUUUUUACACGCGCACGUUCGGUGGCUCCAUGUGUAGUCUUUAUUGAUGAGCUUGACGGCAUGUGCGGGCACCGGGGACGUGGUGGAGUUUCAGACCGCGUCAUCUCACAAUUUCUGACCGAAUUGGACGGACUCCCUGCGGCCCUCGACGAAAAUUCGGAUGCGCUUGUCUUUGUGGCGGCAACAAAUCGCCCUGACAACAUCGACACUGCUGUCUUACGACCCGGGCGCAUCGAUCGCAAAGUCUACGUGGGGUUGCCAGAUGCCUCGGAACGCCGGGCAAUUGUUCGUAUCCAUUUCUCCCGCAUUCCUGUUGCACCCGACCUUGAUGCCGACUACGUGGCCCAGAGAACGGCGGGGUAUAGUGGCGCUGAGGUCGUUGCGGUGGUGAAGGAGGCGGCAUUUCUGCGGGUUACGAUGGAUGCGAAAGCCUCACACCUCACCCGUGAGGAUGUUGACGCCGCCCUGCAGCGGGUGAGGCCGCGCAUUAGCCCCAGCGAUGUGGCGUGGUAUAAGCAGUGGUCGUUGGGUGGGCAGCUGACCGCCCGAUAG